CUGGCAAGGAGUCCAUUUGGACGCUUUCAGGUUGCAGCGUGUAAUUAAAGUGCCGUAUUGAUAUUUGGAAUUUGCAUCACAAGUGAAUACGGACAUCGAUUGAAAGGCGAUGCAAUUUUCAGCUCUUAAUACUCAGAGUGAGUUAGUCCGCCUGCGUACUUCCACUGGGUUUGUCUUUUAAAGAGUAUAUCGUACUACAGUUGCCAUUGCCGUAAUUCAUGGCUUUUUCAGAUGGACGGAAGCAACACAAGCAAGAAGAGGAGGAAAGUACGAGCAAACUGGUCAUUUGGCGCGACUGGGAAUCAGAUGAGAUCACAAUGACCGCAGGCUGGUUUACAAAAACCGUAAUCUUUUUUAUGUUAGCGCUGAACGUUGCUGGCAGCGAGACAAACGCAACAGAAGAAACAGUAACUGGAACAGUAAACGUUUCAAUGAGUUUGGCCGAAUAUCUAAGAACCAAGUAUGAUAAGACAGUGAGGCCCAACAUCAGCUCAGGCAAACCUACUGAGGUUUCUCUUGACAUUUAUGUGGAGUCGUUUGGAAACAUAAAGGAAGUGAACAUGGAAUUCCCAGGUUUCAUGUAUCUUCGUCAGAUGUGGUUUGAAGAUCGUCUCGCUGAGUUUGUGAAAUCAAAAGGUCUCGUUCUCCAGCGAGAUUACAUUUCUCAACUGUGGCUACCAGAUCCCUAUUGCUAUAACGCUAAAACGUCCGACCUCAUGUUGCCUGAUACAGAGGUUCAUAGCGUUGUUAGGAUUGAUCCGAAUGGAUUCGUUCUGUAUAGCAGAAGGUCAGUUGGUUUUAUUCCUCUCGUUUGUAGNGUCUACAGGCAUGCUACUGAAACAAAGGAAACAAAUAAUUGUGUCAAAUAA